AUGGAUAGCAAUAAAUCAAUACUUGAAAUACCAUCACGUUUGAUACGUAAAAAUGAUAGCAAUACAACGAAGCGAUCACGUAGCCAUCCAGUACAUUCACCAAUUCACAUUGAUAGCGAUGAUGAAAGUGAGAGCGGAUCCGCAACAGCAUCUCAUAUAUCCCGGAUGAGUGCAUAUGCUCUGUUCAGCGGAUUUCGUGCACCACAAACUACCUCUUCAAUUAACGAUCAUAGCGUUCGUAGUUCCGUACAUAGCGCUUCAUCAUCUCUCACCACUUCCAGUACAAUGUCCAGUAGUGAUGAGCAGUGUUUACUAUCAGUUGAAGCAGUUUGGGAUCAUGUAGCAAUACUACCGAAUGAAUUACCAUUUGUAAUUGGUGAUAUCAUCUCAGUGCUUGAUUAUUCAUCACAUGAACUUUGGUAUGGUAACUGUCGCGAAAGAGUUGGCUGGUUUCCAUCAUCUUAUGUUAGGGUAUUAAAUAGCAAUCCGACUUCAGACUUCACAACUUCAGACGCUCUCUCAUUAAGUUAUUUUCCACAAUCAAUGAGAUUUUUACGAGCAAAAAUAGUUCAAGAAUUGAUGCAAACAGAACGUGAUUAUGUCAAUUUACUGCAAAAUAUUGUUCAAGGUUUUACAGAGCAAUGUCGUCGUCGUAGCGAUCUAUUCUCGGCAGCAUGUGUGCAACGUCUUUUCGGCAAUAUCGAAUCGAUAUAUGCUCUACAUUGUAAAUUUCUUCGAGAGCUUGAAUUGGCAUUCAAUCGAAAUGUACCCGAGAGCUCUGCGAUUGGAGCCAUUUUUCUCCGAAACCGUUCAAAAUUUUCUAUCUAUUCGGAAUAUUGCAAUAAUCGACCUGUUUCGAGUUCUGAGUUAGCAUUACUCAAUGAACAACCCCAUUAUUACCAAUUUUUCGAGGCAUGUCGACUUCUUCGAGGUAUGCCAAAGCUACCAUUAGAGGGAUUUUUAUUAGCACCUGUGCAAAGGAUAUGCCGUUAUCCGUUGCAAUUAUCAGAAUUACUGAAAGCAACGCCAUCAUCACAUAUCGACAGAGAACCAAUAGAGGCUGCAGCAUCAGCGAUGAAAAAUGUUACUUCAACAAUAAAUGAGAAGAAACGACGAUUGGAAAGUCUACAACAGAUCGCUUUAUGGCAAAUGAGUGUUGAAGGAUGGCGGGGUCCAGAUUUAGUGGAAACUAACAGUCGAAUGAUACAUAGUGGUGAAGUGUACUGUCGUUGUGUUAUUGGCAGAAAUAUCAUUUGGCAUAAAGAUAUUUUGCUAUUUUUAUUUGAUCAAUCAUUAAUACUAUGCAAAAAAGAUCUCAUCAAGCGUAAUUUCUAUAUAUUUCGUGAUCGAAUUUCUCUCGAUUCAGUAACAUUUCUGAAUUGUGAUGAUGGUAAAGACUCGACAACAGGCCUAAAUCUAAAGAAUUCAUGGAAAUUGGUAAUGAUUAAUAAAGAAGUGAUAUUCACUUGUAAAGAUCGCAAUUCUAAAAUGGCUUGGGUGGAGCAUUUACAACGACCAUUAAUUUAUUCGCCGGCAACAUCUGAAGAACGACGAUUGAUUCGUGAAACAAUUUAUCGCACUUCCAGUAUGGCCUUCGUAUUGUAA